GUCAGCUGCAGCCAGUUAUAACCAAGUUGCAACGGAGACACAUUGCAGGCAUACCUUUGUAGAUGGCAAUGACUUCUCUUCUGAGGGCCGGUUUAGGUGCCGGCAUUUUUGCAAUAUUCUGACCCAAACUCUCUGUUCGGUUUGUAGUUCUCUUUUCGGACUUCGCCCUGAUUAAGACGGAUGACUGAUCAUUGACCGAUGGUUGAUUGGGUUAAGCGCAAAUGCCACACAUUUACUUGUGCAGUGGUAGUUAGACAGUAUAGAUGUCAAGGUCGAUGUUGAGCCCGAGCUGGGUCGUCUCGGCUAAGAGUGACGCCAUAUUUAGCCUGCGAGAUGACACGCGACGGCUAGCUUCGCCGAUCCGUGGUCCCGUUCCCGCAAACAUCUCCGUGGGUAGGAUUUGCCCAGAUGUCUACUUUUUGUGAAGUCCUUCUCUUGAUGCAUUUUCGAUCCGGCCCAGGUGAGACCGCAAUAUGAUUUUAAAUAAGGGUCUAAAACCGGCUGCAGCAAGCCAGAGAUUUGCAGGCCUUUAUGCUUCGGUCAAUCCAACUCCACGAUUACCUGGUCUGGGCAAGCGGUGUCUUGCGACAUUGACUUCCACAACUGCGGCACCGCCGGCUAGGUGGCUUGCUGAUCUGAAAACGCGGCUUGGCAAAUGUAUCAUCUUUGGCUGUUCCCCAGCAGAGGUACAGCGCGCUGCUGCCGUGCUUCGCGCGCUUGGAACCGAAUGGCGGACCUUGGCUGCAGGUAGCGAGGGCUUUCUGACAGGAGGCAGGCGAGGCUUGGAAGGGCAGGCUGUGGUGUGGGGUGAAAUGGACAGUUUUCAACACGUCAACAACACUACAUAUAUACGAUACGCAGAAUCAGCCAGAGUCAACUGGAUUACACAUUUCGCCUCUAGAGACCCGUCACGUGCCUCUGAAUGGAAGUCAUUGAUGAGCCCUAAAGCUGUCGGGUUGAUUUUGAAAAGCAUCAAGGCCGAUUACAAAUUUCCUUUAAUGUAUCCCGACCGAGUGUCGGUCUACCAUAAGCUCCGCUCGCUGCCCACGCCCUCAGACACGUCUCUCAUACUUGACUGUGUGAUACUGUCUCACAAGCAUAGGCGUAUUGCUGCUCGUACGGAGGAGGACGUUGUGAUAUAUGAUUACAAGACCGCCAGGAAGACAGUGAUGCCUCCAUUUAUCAUGGAAGUAUUCCAGGACACGUUCCGGCAACAGCAGGAGGAGACGAACAGAUCCAGAGCCCGCAUAUGGCAGCUGAUCAAAGAGGUAGAAAGCUUGGAGAGAGAGACGUGGGAUCGUGAAGGUGCCGUGGAGGAUACAGGUGCCGCAGGAAAUAAAUUGCCAUGAUGGAACGGAUCAAAAUUCGACCCAUAUGCUCCGUCGCCGUUGCUGGAGUUGAAUUAAUGGACCAUUGGCGAGAAGUGUGGCCAGCUGAAAGCCCUGCUCUGAUGUGUGAGGGGAUCAA